CACCCGUCUAUAAUCCAUCCAUCCAUCCAUCCGUCUAUCCAUCCACCCGUCUAUAAUCCAUCCAUCCAUCCAUCUAUCCAUCCAUCCGUCUAUCCAUCCACCCGUCUAUAAUCCAUCCAUCCAUCCAUCUAUCCAUCCAUCCGUCUAUCCAUCCACCCGUCUAUCAUCCAUCCAUCCAUCCAUCCGUCUAUCCAUCCACCCGUCUAUAAUCCAUCCAUCCAUCCAUCUAUCCAUCCAUCCGUCUAUCCAUCCACCCGUCUAUAAUCCAUCCAUCCAUCCAUCCGUCUAUCCAUCCACCCGUCUAUAAUCCAUCCAUCCAUCCAUCUAUCCAUCCAUCCGUCUAUCCAUCCACCCGUCUAUCAUCCAUCCAUCCAUCCAUCCGUCUAUCCAUCCAUCCGUCUAUCCAUCCACCCGUCUAUAAUCCAUCCAUCCAUCCAUCUAUCCAUCCAUCCGUCUAUCCAUCCACCCGUCUAUCAUCCAUCCAUCCAUCCAUCCGUCUAUCCAUCCAUCCGUCUAUCCAUCCACCCGUCUAUAAUCCAUCCAUCCAUCCAUCCAUCCAUCACCCAUCCAUCCAUCAUCCAUCUAUAAUCCAUCUAUCACCUAUCAUCCAUCUAUCCAUCAUCCAUCCAUCUACAAUCCAUCUAUCAUCCAUCAGCCAUCCAUCCUUCAUCCAUCUAUAAUCCAUCUAUCAUCUAUCAUCCAUCUAUCCUAUCCAUCAUCCAUCUACAAUCCAUCUAUCAUCCAUCAGCCAUCUAUAAUCAAUUUAUCAUCCAUCCAUCCAUCCAUCUAUCCAUCCAUCCGUCUAUCCAUCCACCCGUCUAUA